AUGGACAAAGAAAAUUCUGAUAAUUUGUUCAACUUAUUGCUGGAUAAUGAUGUUAAUAAAUUAGAACCAUCAUUACAUACACGCAAACAACGACGAUGGCGUAAUAAGCAAAAAGAUAAACUCUAUUGUGCUCAAUUAUCUUUGUCUCGUUUAUUGACUGAACAAAUUAAAGAAUCAAAUCAAUAUUUAUCCAAAAUUAAUGAAGAUUUUGAAGAUGAUGUUGCUGUUAAUGAUCCAGUUUUUAAUGAUAAUAUACUUGUUCAUGAUAUACUUAUGGAUGAUACAAAUGCUAAUGGUACAAGUGCUGGUGGUACAUUAGAUGAUAAUAUACAUCUUGAUGGUAUACUUGAUGAUGAUACACAUCUUGAUGAUACAUUUGAUGAUGAUACACAUGCUGAUGGUGCAUUUGAUGAUGAUACACAUGCUGAUGGUACACUUGAUGAUGAUACACUUGUUAAUAAUACACUUGUUGAUAAUUAUAUACUUCAUGAUGAUGAUUAUAAUUACAGUUUUAAUUUGAAUUUGAAUUUGGUUCAAUCAACUGAACCAUUUGCUGAACAAGAAGCAGAUGAACCGUUAUACACUGGCGCACCUGUUACAUUUAAAUCUUAUCAUAAACAGAUCCUGGAAUUUGGAGCUUCAGUUAAAUUAAGUGAAUCGAAUAUGAAUAAAUUAUUGAAUUUGAUCGGAAACGCAUUACCAAUAGAAAAUAAAUUAUUAAAAUCAUAUAAAAAAAUACUAACUAUUUUUGAAACAACAUCAACAUUUAAUGAAGCACUUAAAUGCAGGUAUUGUUUAGCAACAAUUGAUCGAACCAAUUCUUGUUCUAUUAUUUGUGGGCAAAACAAUUGUCAACGACGAAUAGGUGAUGUCAUAGAACAUAUAACAGUUAAUCGUUCAUAUGGACAGUUAAUUGAAAUUAUCCGACGGAAUAAGAAUUUAAUAUUGAAUUAUCCACAACUUGCUAAUAACUUACUACCAGGUGAUAUUAUUACAGGAUCAAUUUACCAGCAGAAAAGAAAAAAUCUUAAAGCAUUAAAUGAUACAUAUCCCAUUACAUUAAUGAUUCAUAUCGAUGGCUUUCCAUUGAUUCAUUGGACAAAAAAGCACACAUGGUUAGUAACAGGAUCAAUAGCUGAAAUUCCACCACCACUUCGAGAAAACCAGCUGAAUAUGUUGUUAUUGUCUUUGUGGAAUGGCUCAAUAAAACCAGAUGCAGAUUCAUUAUUAAAAGAAAUUUGUGAUACAAUUAAACAAACUGUUAUUGUUGAUAAUAUUAAAUUUUUAGUAGAUGUAUUACUAUUUAAAGCUGAUUUACCUGCUCGUGCUUUAGCAACUAAACAUGUGAAUCACAACGCAUAUUAUUCCUGUCUUGAAUGUGAUCAGGAAGGAGUUUGGUGUGAAGAAAGUCGAGUCGUUAUGUAUCCAUAUAUUCCAAAUCAAAUGAAUCGUCGUUCAUCAUCACAUUUUGAUUUUUGUGCUGAACAAGUUAAUCAACAAUUAUGUAGUGGUAACUGUUAUGGUGUAAAAGGUGUUAGCCCACUGAGGAAGAUUAUGGACAUUCCAACUCAAAUUGAUCUUGAUGUAAUGCAUUUAUGUUUCAUUGGACACUGUGGUUUCUUAUUAGGUAAAUGGGAAAAAAUGAUUGUUAAACAAAGUUGGUUAUCAGUAAACAACAACGACGAAGGUGAAGAACGACAAUUAUCACAAGAAUAUUCAGGUCCAUCAUAUUGUGAUUUACAACCUGUACCUUUUCCACCAAUUUCACAAUCAACAAUUUACAUUAGUCAUCGUGAUCCAUUACCAUCUCGUGAACGUGAUCCUACAUUCGAAAAUCAUCAGACUUCUAACAAAUCAUUACCUCCAGUACUUCAUUCAGCUACAAGCAAUGAAAAUAAUUGUGCACCACUUGUUACUUUAGCAGGAUCGCCGGCUAAACGACGUCGAGCACUUGCUAGUUCAUUCAAUGCACCGUUAACAGCUCCACCUCUUCGAAGACGAUUCGAUCCAACUCUUCAAAGUACAGCAGCAUCAUUAAUGAGAAAUGUUGCUGGAGGCACAACUGCAUCUACUUCAAAAACUGCAACAGCUGCGACAAAGUCUAUUUCAGAAACAUCACAAAAUGUUUCAGGAUUCAACCAAACAAUCAAAUCGAUCGUGACAGUAUGUGAAGAAACAAAUCAAUUAAUAAAAGAAUUAUUGAAAAUGGGAACAGAACACACAAGUUUAAUACGUGAAUUGGUUAAUUCUCCACGUGAAUUACAAAAAAUAACUCAACAAUUAUCUCAUACUGUACACAUGCAAGCAAAAGUAUUACAAACACGACAACAGAAUGAUAUUGAAAAUGUCUCAAUCAUGCUAAAUGGAAUUGAUGUAACUCAUGUUCCACGUGGUGCUUCAUUAAAUACAACAGCUAGAGCUUUAGUUCGUGCUGCAUAUGGUGAAAUGGCAUCAUAUAACGAUUUAGCUCCAGGAGAAUUUGAUAUUUUAUUGGGUCAUAUUGCUUACGUUCACGGGCUUAAUGCUGCAACUGUUUUUGCUGAUAGUCAAUCAGUAAAGAAUUCUUUACAACAAAUGAAGCACGAUGUGAAAAAGCAUGGACAAACUGCAUCACCAAUAAUACAAUCAACAAAAAGAACUUCAACAACAAUUGAAAAUAUUUCAGGUUCACAUGAAAAUUCGAAUGAAGAUGAUGAACUAUGA